CAGAUUUUGAAUCUCCUCUGCCAUCAAAAUGAAGCUCGCUAUUGUGAUUGCUGCUCUGCUCGGAGUCUUCCUAACUCCAAUUUUUGCUAAUGAUAAAGGGAAUGAAAACAAUCAGGGAAACGAUGGCGGAAACUCCCACCAGACUGUGAGCAUCAACAACGAUAAGCACGUGGCCAACAUUGACUCAAACAACGGCUUGAACUCAUGGAACUCCAUCUGGGACUAUGGCAAUGGUUACAUUGCAACUAGGAUACUUUCAAAGAAAGCCUGCAUCAUUGCUAAAAUGAACAAAAACGUUAUGCCUGAUGUUGUAGAGCUUCCCCAGCUGAUUAAAGAAAAGAAGAAAGCCGGCUCUCAAGGGCCUCCCCCAGUGGAACUGCAAUUCGCUGUCUCAAAAACCAGAGUCAGUGACCUGGCCCCAUAUGGGAAGUCUGUUGAAUCUAUGUGCAGAGGAAUUCCAACCUAUGUUGCUCGCGAAGCUCAUGGAGACAAUUAUUCUGGACAAUGUUUCAAGACUAAUAUAAUGCACACAAUGACAUUAAACUAUUGCAGCUAAACUGCAUCUUUCAAAUAAAAUCGUUGCUGAUAGAAUCCUGCUAGCAAUGCCCCCCACUGAUUAGAAAAAUAAUAUAUGGAGGAGAGGAAAAUAAAUAUCUGAUAACAUGAUGA